AUGGACCUUGCGGUGGCGCUUGUCCUUGGAGACAAAACGAGUGUCGGCCUCACAUGUGCUUUUUCAGAGUCAAAGCAAGGUGUUCCAGGAUACUGCUGCUUAGACCAACCGUGGCAAAGAUCUUCUGAUGACUUUGGCACCAAGUACGAGUGCAAAGAUACCUGCCAAAACCAGGGACCGAAACUUGCUGGCUUUUCAGAGGAAACCUGCAAGCUCUACUCAGGGACAUGGUGUCCUCAUCCUACGGAUUGCUCCACUUUGACAAGUUGCGUAAGUGAUGAGAUUGCAUGGGCGAAGAAGAAUGGCCGAAAGACGUACAAGGGCUACCUUGAGGCAGCCCCCAAGCUGAACGACAACACAGAUGUCAAGCAAUGUGGCGACCUCAAGGAGUACUUCGGCUUUGAAUCAACCUAUCCCGAUCAAAUUGAGAUUUGUGAGGAUGUUUUCUUCUUGCGGUACAGCAAUGACUUUGGCCAGAUUGACAGCUUGGGGUCUACGCCAGUUGGAGAUGAGAUUGUCCUGCACGGGUUGAAAUCGCCAAAAAAGCCUGCCAACAAUCCCGCGUUCUACAACGAUCAAGGACACAAUAUCUACAUCCGGGCCCAAUGGAUUUCGGCCCUCGAGGUGGUGUAUGAAAAGAUUGAUGGAUUUGAUUUGAUUGCUCUCGGGACAUUGAAAGCAAUGCAAGGUGCACAAACCUACUUGGAAUACAAGCUGGGCAGUGACCAAAUCGGAGACUUUGACAUGUACGUUAUCUACGAGAACACCGAGGCAGUCUUCGGGAAUAUGGAAAUCAUGAACGACAACAUGCAGAAAAUUGUCUUUUUGUCGCGGCCACUUCGUGCAGGAGUGAGACUCGAGCUUCUUCUGGAUCGUUUUGUCAUUCUCCUUUGGGAGCUCAGAACCGGGUUUACGAGAUUGUGGUCUCGGCAACCGACGCGGCGGGCUUGGUUGAAACCGCCACCUGCCAUGUAG